AGAUAAAUAACCUACCAAGAACGCACCCGACAAGACCAGACUCGGAGCCCAUUAGGUUAAAAAAUUAACACCGGAAAGAAAAACCCUAAACAAAACCCAACCCACGAUCCUCCAGGCGUCAAAACAUCGGAUUCGUCUGUCUUCUUUUAUUUAAACUCCGCUUCAACAAGAAACCCUGUCCCGCUUCUCUCGUUGUUUUGCCUCGGUUCCGUCGUUCGCGAGGAGGAGCGAUGUCUAGGGUUUUUGGAGGUUGCCGGGCUCUGAUGGGGGCCAGGGCCGCGACGAAGGUGGCGGCCGCCCCAGCGGCGGACGCGUCGGUGGCGAAGCCCAAGAACACCGUGGGCAUCCUGAAGCCGCUGCCCGUCUCCCCAGCCAUGAGGAAGUUCGUCGGCUCCCCGGAGAUCUCGCGCGCCGAGGUGGUCAAGAAGAUAUGGGAGCAUAUCAAGCUCAACCAGCUCCAGAAUCCAACUAACAAAAGGGAGAUUCACUGUGAUGAGAAACUGAAGACCAUAUUUGAUGGGAGGGACAAAGUGGGGAUGUUGGAGAUUGCAAGAUUGAUCGCCCCUCAUUUUCUGAAAUCUGGCUGAACUAUCAGAAACAAUAUGUAGUUGUUCUUUUGUGAUCUAUGUCCAGGUCGUUCCAACAGUCAAUGUGGUCUUAUAUAAUUUGGACUUUGCUUGUUCUAACCAGGAUUGAGUUGAAUUCACUACCAUCUAUGUACAAAUUUGGCAGCUUUUAUGUGUCUUUUCUCUGCUUAAAUAUUAUGAUUCCAACUUUUGUUUAUA